GAUAACGAACGGAAUGACGACAAUUACAGUGAUAUGUGUGACGAUGACAGGCGUGGCGUACUGUGUUGUAGUGGUUUACCGACAUAUAGAGCGAGUUUGUGUUGGCGAUUUCAUUUGUCUGAGCAGAACUGUGAUUCCGGAGGAUAGUGGUGGCGACUCAAUUCGUCUGAGCAGAACUGUGGUUCCAGACAAUGGUGGUGGCGACUCAAUUCGUCUGAGCAGAACUGUGGUUCCGGACAAUGGUGGUGGCGACUCAAUUCGUCUUAGCAGAACUGUGGUUCUGGAGUGUGGUGAUGAUGGAGGCGGCAGCAGUUGUGGCGACGACGGCUUUGGCGACGGCGAUGGGAACGGCGAUGGGGACGGCAGUGUUAUUUAAUCUUUCUGAAAUGACAUGUGAUUCCGGAAAACUGAAAAAGCGAUAUUAUCUCAAAGUAAUGGAGGUCACGCCUGAUUCAAAAGUUUAAGCUAAUACAACAAAAUUUACAUUCCACACAUACAUCAACUUACAUCGACAAUAAACUGUUUGAGGGUUUUGUAUGUGACUAUAACCUGCAAUCACAGUAGUCUUUCUAUGACAAAUUAAGGUAUCACUUAUUGUGUUAUAUGUUAUACCAGUGACUCUAUCCCUUCAAUCGCACUGGAAGAUGAAAUUAUAUUAAAUUGAUAUAAAAUCAAAAUUUGAAUAUUUUGCUAUCAGACAAAUGAUAAUAUUGAAACGAUUAAAUGGAACAUCAGAGUACACUAGCAUUCGAAUAACAUUAACACUGAUAACUACAGUUGUAGGGAGAUCCCCGACACGGGGAAUCCCCCCUUUCUGCACUUGUAGUCCUCGCCAUUAUAUUUUAUUUAUAGUGCCUGUAUAUUUUUGUUUCUCAAAUAUAUAAACGGAACUUAGUUCAAUCUGACAAGCCGAAUUAGUUGUUGCGAUACCUAAACAAAUACUAAAUAUUUGUAAUAUAUCGCAUACCAUGAUGAAGUGUGAAAAUUUUGUAACAUCUAUACAUGUAUAUAUUCUGA